AUGGCGCUUAGGCAGGCCGCACGAUAUGUUGUGCCUCUAGGCGUGGCCGCUGGCGCAGCCUACUUCGCCGCAGCAAACCAGCAGCAGCUGGCGCCUUUCUGCGCUGCGGCGGACAGCCAGGGCCCCGCCCUGGACCCCAGCGAGUGGCGCCCCCUGAAGCUGGUGUCGAAGCAAAAGCUGACCCACAACUCCUUCCAGCUCAAGUUUGCGCUGCCUGACAGCCAGCAGGAGGUGGGCCUGCCUGUGGCCAGCUGUCUCCUCGUCAAGGCCCCCAUCCAGGGCCCCGGGGAUGAGAAGCCAAAGGUGGUGAUCAGGCCCUACACACCCAUCUCGCCGCCCGAUGCCAAGGGCUACCUCGAGCUGGCGAUCAAGGCUUACUCGGAGGGCAAAAUGUCAAAGCACCUCGGCAGCCUGCAGGCACGUGACCGCUGCGGGGCCGACGCGUUUUGUUUUGUCGGCGACACUCUCGACUUCAAGGGGUGA